GGGUGAAGCAACACCGCCUUCUAGCCGGGACGCAGACGCGAGCUGUUGCGAAAACUCUCAGAUCCCACUGCUGGCACCAUGUCCUCAGGAGCCCGUGAGCUCUGCCCAGAACACAGUGAGCCUAAACAUACUGCACAUCCAGCUGAGUGACCAUGAAGCCUGGAAGGGAUUCAUAGCUGAGGCCACAUUGUCCAGGGAGGAGGCAGAUGCCCUACGCGAAGAUCUGAACGAGCUGGAAAGGGCCAUGUAUAAAGAGGCCGAAGACCAGCUGGCUAGAGAGAGGUUUUUGAGUGAGUUUCCCAAGUUGAAAUUCAAGUUUGAGGAACGCAUAAGAAAACUCUGCGAGCUUGCAGAUAAGGUUGACAGGGUUCACAAGAACUGCACUAUCUCCAACAUGGUAGCCAGCUCCACUGGCGCUGCAUCUAGCCUCCUGUACCUUGGUCUGGGUCUGGCACCUUUCACAGCAGGAGCCAGUCUGGCACUCUCGGCUGUUGGUGCGGGGCUGGGAGCAGCAUCUGCUGUGACCCAAGUGGCCACCAGCAUCAUGGAAUACUCAAGCGAGUCGUCUGCAAAAGCCGAAGCCAGUUGCCUGACAUCAACUGACUUUAUUGAAGAGGACGUAAUUACAAAGGUUCUGAAUUAUAGCAAACCCCAAAUUUCUGCCUUAGCAUGUAAAUGCCUUAAAGACCUGCCAGACCUUGCAAAUAAUGUUUGGGCUGUGAAGAAGGUAGCCAAAGUCAAGCCUCAGCUAAUAGUCAAUGCCCAUCUCCUCAUGAGAGGUAAACCUGUCUCAGCUGAAGGUGCCAGUCAGAUCCAGAAAGCUUUUAAAGGCACUGCUCUGACAAUGACCAAAGGAGCCCUGAUCAUGCGUGGGUCCUUGUCAGGUCUCUUUCUUGCUAUGGAUGUGUUCAGUCUUGUGAAAGAGUCAGGGCACUUGCAAGAGGGGGCCAAGGCAGAGUCAGCUGAACAGUUGAGGCGGCAGGCCCGGGAGAUGGAGAGAAAGUUGAAGAAGUUCACCAAGUUCUAUGAAAGUGUGAUGGAGGCCCUGACUCCAUGA